AUGUAUGUGAAAUGGUUUGAUACAGUAAUGUUUUACUAUGUGAUUUUAGUAAAUGUCACUUUUUGUCAUUUUCAAAUUUCCCGCCAGUUCUGUCCCCUGUACGUCCUGACGUCGCAGGGGACGGAACCCAGAUGACAGAUGCCGGUAUCCGCCGGAGGAUAUUGCCGGGGACAUCGCGGAGCGCAGGACAAGGUAAGUGAAGAACAGAUCCUGGAGCAACGCUGCAUGGUAAGCCCGAGUGUAGCUCGGGGUUACCGCUUGUGCUACACUUGGAAAUACCGCCAGGGAGGU